AUGGCGGACGUGGAGAUGAAGGAUUCUGCCGCGAGCUCCUCCAAGGGCAAGGCCGUUGCCAAGGGCUCUGACAGCGAUAAGAAGAAGUUCGAGGUUAAGAAGUGGAACGCCGUCGCCCUUUGGGCCUGGGACAUCGUCGUCGACAACUGCGCCAUCUGCCGAAACCACAUUAUGGACUUGUGUAUCGAAUGCCAAGCCAACCAAGGCUCAUCAACAACGGAAGAGUGCACCGUGGCCUGGGGUAUCUGCAAUCACGCAUUCCACUUCCACUGCAUCUCAAGAUGGCUAAAGACCCGCCAAGUCUGCCCACUGGAUAACCGGGACUGGGAAUUCCAGAAAUACGGACGGUAA